GCUAGCUGCGUUGCAUACGCAGCGGCUCAUUUGAGGCUCCUGGAACACUUACAACACACAGGACUGGUCGCAGACAUAGCUGGCAUAGCCACGACCCAGAGCACAAGCCAGAUGGCCACGCAGCGACUGCUGCGAUAUGCAAUUGCGAUAGGUUGCUGUGCAGCUCUCGUCGCGCCGCCGGCCAGGAUACAGCGCUGCGCGCCGAGGCGCGCGACGGCCGAGGCCGCCGAGGCCGCGAAGAUCAUCACCGACAACCUCGAGGCCUUCAGCCAGGCCGCGACCGCGACGGACGCGGGAUUGGCCAUGGCGCGGAUCUACGACGCCAUCCCCAAGGACGACUUGAGCUUGGACGCCGUGAACCCGGAGACGGGCUUCCUGGGCCAGGCCGAGCGGUUAGAUGUUUUUCGUGAAUUGGCGUCCAGGAGAGACGAGAGCGGCCUGUGGACGCAAGACAACGUCGAAUCGUUUAAAGCCUUGCGGGCGGCGCUGGACCCGCUCCACGUGACGGACCUCAAAGGGUAUUUAUCAUUCGCCGGGUUGUUGGGCGGCGGCUUGUACAUCGCCGCGCUCUGGGUGCAGCAGACGCUGCCGGAGAUCUUCCCGGCGGUGUACCUGUUCCUUGCGGCCUGUUUUUCGGCGCCCGUGCUUUUUGCGUACUUCCUGGCGUAAGAGUGUGUCCGUA